UAGGUGUACCGAGGAAAUAAUUACACACGGACGCGCACUCACACUCACGGACAUAGCGCGCGCGCGAGAGAGGUUUCUACAUAGUCUUCGUCCGUACACCGGUCGUCGCGGUUCAGGUGCGUUGGCCCCGAGUGUUAUAUAGUGCGGCUGGAGUGCGCGCCAAAAUAUAACGAAUAAAUAUUUUUUUUCAUCACAACAUCGGUUCGCGUGUACUGUGUAGGUACUGUAAUAUUAUUGUCACGGUGCCGUUUCGUCGUGACCUCCGUUUUUAUAGCACCAUAAUAAUAAUAUUAUAGCAAACCAUCUGCAACUAUAAUAUUACAAUAAUAUUGUUAAAUACACAGUAAAUAAUAAUAUAAUAAUUACCAGCGUUUCGCCGCCGGUGACUGGCGUCCGUUCUUGGCGGUGAUGUGAUAUAGGUGGUUGCCGGCGUUCGCACAUGAUUUGCGCGGUCACCGUCUCUUACUAGACGAGCAGCGGAUCAGUACGCGGUAGUUACAGGAAUCGCGCGUUUCGUCGUCGUCGCCGACCUCCGCAGUCGUCCGCGGACAACCGGUCUUCGCGGCGGUAUUUUGCGGUCGCGCGCGCGCCGGUCACGCCCGUACGUCAAAGCAACUGCCGCAGCAGCGUCAUGCAGUCGGUCGCGCACUCGGGGUCUUUGGUCUCGCUGGUAGUGGUGAUGGUCUUCGCCACCAUAUGGCCGUCCGCCGAGUCGUACCUCGUGGACAAGUACUCGCUGCUUAUGCCCAACGUCCGGCCCAAAAAGAUGGACUUGUAUUUGUGCACUCCGAUUAGAAUAGACCCAAGCAAGUCUUACUUUAUUGUCGGUUUCGAGCCAAAAGCGCAUGGUCAUACAUCACACCAUAUGUUACUUUAUGGGUGUUCGGAGCCCGGAAGCGAAGAUCCCGUUUGGAAUUGUGGAGAAAUGCAAAUGGCAUCGAGUAAACAUAAGGCGUACAUGCAUUCCAAUCCAUGCAAAUCAGGAUCUAAUAUAAUGUACGCAUGGGCUCGUGAUGCACCAACUUUGAAACUUCCAAAUGGUGUUGGGUUUAAAGUCGGUGGUGAUUCGCAGAUCAAUUAUUUAGUUUUACAGGUUCACUACCACAGAAUGUUUAAAGAUGACGAAACGGACAACUCUGGGAUAUAUUUGCACUACACAGAACAACAAUUAGACAAACAAGCUGGAGUAUACUUACUAGCUACAAACGGAAGAAUCCCUCCGAAUGCGAUCGAACACAUGGAAACAUCGUGUCCUCUCUACGAGAUUGGGAAAGUCAUACAUCCGUUUGCGUACAGGGUCCACACCCACGAACUUGGUAAAGUUGUAGCCGGUUACAGAGUAAAGAAUAUCAACAAAGAUGUACAACAAUGGGAUCUGCUAGGAAAAAGAGACCCCAUGACUCCACAAAUGUUUUACCCAAUAGAGAACAAUAUUACCGUCGAGUCUGGUGAUAUAUUGGCUGCCAGGUGCACAAUGGAAAGCAGGCGAAACACCGUUACAAGAAUUGGCGCGACGAGCGACGACGAAAUGUGCAAUUUUUACGUCAUGUACUGGGUGGAGGGCACCGGACCUCUGGAACAGCAGCUCUGCGUGUCGGAAGGAUCUCCGCGGUAUUAUUGGGACAGCGAUCCGUAUCUGACGAACAUACCGGACGAAGAAGCGUCAAUCUUAUAAAAAAACAAAAACACUACCUAUAUAAUAUAGUGAACAAGACGUUUGUGUGUAUUAUUGAUUCUAUUUAAUUUUUUUGGUUGUCAGACAUCUCGGUAUUCUAUAUUUCAUGAGUAUCCACGUCCCUAAUAAUACCAAUACUCCUUUUUUUUUUUUUUUAAAUAAUUUAUUGUUGUUUAUCAUAAUUACUAUUUUACGAUUGAGUUACCUAUUAUAAUAUAUUAUAUUAUAUUAUUAUAUAAAUUAUAUAAAGUAUCGACCAAAGAUGGGAUAAUCAGUAUUAAUGUUUUGAAUAUUCAUCGUGGUCCAGUACCUAUACACAAUAUGGACGUUGUCUCCAAUAUAUUGUUAUAAAUUUACUUUAUUAAGCUAUCUACCGUUUAUUAUCACAUACUAUAUAAUAUUAUGCUAAUUUUAUCCAGUCAAUUUUUUAAUUUUAAUUAAAUUAUUUUAGUAUAUAUUACUAUACAUAGAUAAUAUCGAUUAAGUACCUAUACUAUAAAGAUUAAACAUACACGAAUUACACUACAGCUAAUGAUACCUAAUUUAAAAAUCAAUCAUAUUAUUAUGUUUUAUUACAAUAUACCAAAUAUUAUUGGGUUCCAGUUCAAAAAUACCGACUCGAUACCUAUAAUAAAUCAAAAAUAUCUACGUAGACUUUCCUCCGUCCACUAAAAUGAAAAAUAAAUUUAUAAAAAUAUUUAAAAAAAUUUGAAUUUACAAAAAAUAUGUUAAAGUUACAAACAGUUUAUUCAUAAAACAAUAAAAUUACGUACCGCCCUAUACCUGCUAUUGUUUUCUAACCCUGACGAAGUUGGACAAGUAUAAAAUGUAUUAGAUAAUUCAUAAAUUCUAACCAUAGAAUAAAAAUUAAAAAAAAUCAUACAAUAAUUUAUUAUUAUACAUUUUUGAAGAAUAUUUAAGAUCUGAUGAACAAAAACCAAUCUAGUAUUUAGUUUUAUUUUUUAGUAAAACUGUCAUCUGAUUAGGUAUAGUCGUAUAGGUUUCAAAUUUCAAUAGCAUAAAGGUUCUUUAUUAUAGAAUUUAUUUAUUAAGUUAAUAAAAUCUAGAUGUAUUAUAUAAAGUAAAAAUUUAGUCUACUCAGCCGGCCAGCCCUAUUUUUAAUUAUUUUCCUAAAACUUUUAUUACCUAAUUGUACUUUAUAGUUUAUAAAUAUUUGGAAUGUGAUGAAUGAUUAUAAUGUAAGGGUAAUAUAUUUCAAUGGACUGACACUGUAAGUAAUCAAUUAUUAAUUUUACAAAAAUAAAAAUAAUAAUAAUUUCAAUAAUAAUAUGUAGUUAGGUAAAACAAAAUAUUUUUUAAUUUAAAUUGUUUUAUUGUGUGUAAAGCAACGUGUUAUACAUUAUUAUCCAAUUCUUAUUAAUAAUAAUAAAUAAUAAAAGAGAAAACUAAAAUAUUAUAACCAUUUAUCUGAAUAACGGAAUAAUGAAUAUUAAACAAAAUAAAACUCAUAAUUUUUUAUGAUAAUAUCAUAGAAUAUACUUAUUACUUACCUAUUAAAAUAAUAUAUAAUAUUUGAAUGUAUUUACAUAUUUAUCUAUUAGUAAUAUUUCAACUAAUUUUUACUUGCAAAAAUAUUAUGGUUUAACUUAAUAUAUUGUCAUAGUAUAUUAAAUAAAUCUACCUUACAUUAGCAAAUAAUUAUUAAAUAAGUCAAUGUAUCAUUAAUUAAUUACACUAUUAAAUAUUGUAUAUUAAAUGUUUCUUGUCGUACAGUGGUUGAGUUUCAUUUCUAGAAAAUAUUACAACCACAAUGUUUUGAAUUACAAAAUAAUGUAUUUUUUAUUUAAAAAAGAUAAUACUAAUUCAUUGAUAUAGCAUGUUAAAAUAUAAAAGGAUUAUAAAGUAAAAAUUAAACUUAUCUAUAUAAUAUCACUAUCAGUGCCGGUACUAUGAUUUAAGGGACACUGUGCAAUAUAUAAAAGCAAGGCCCCUACCCCAAGCCCAAUAAAAACGCCCUGUGCGGUCGCAUUUUCUGCAUGCCCUUUGCGCCAGCUCUGAUCACAAUAUUGCACUAUUCAAUAUUUAUACCUAAGUUACAUAAUCAAUAGAAUAUUUUAAUGAAUUACAAAUAGUAGAAUACCUAUAUAUUAACUCUAUACGUAUCUGACUUAAAUAUCUAAUCAUUCUAAUCCCUUUAUAUUUACCUAUGUUAAUGUUUAUGUAUGCUAAUGCAAACAGUUUACAAUAACUAAAUGUUUAUCAUUAUUAAUUGCAACUGAGUGCAGAGUAGAGGAACUGAUAUUAUGUAGAAAUAUUUUAGGAAACUAGUAAAAACGUAUUAUUAAUUUCAUUGUCUAUUAUCUAACAUUAUCACAAUCAUCAAAUUAUAUGCAUAAAUAAUACAUAUUAUGAUUAUAUGAUACAUAAUUUAUAGACUUCAAGACUUAAAUACAAAUAUAUAUAUAAAUAAAUUACCAACUGUAUGUGUUUCCGAUUAUAUUUAUAAUUUGUUCUUGCCAAAACGUUUAAAUAAGAAGGUUAACAAUUGUAUUGUGUUAUUAUUUAAGUUUUCACAAAAUAUGAUUUAUUACUUUUACCCAUA